AGCACAGGUGUCGCGCCGCAGACGGACAGGCUCAGUGUGUACGUGACACAUUUAGAUGGUGGAAAACAGCACGUUUGCAUGUUUGCUUUCACCGUUUUCACCAUCUCGGAAUACUAACGCAGGAACCGGAGGCGGUGGAUCAUGAGUGAGGUGGUUUGCACAAAAUCCCAGGGGGUGUAUGAGGAUGACUUUGAGAAGGAUCUGGACUGGCUGAUCAGUGAGGAAAGUUGCAGCGAGCAGCAAGGUCCCGACGACGAGGACAUCGAGGCAGACAUUGACAAAGAGCUGGCCGAGGAUGAGAAACAACAUAAAGCGAAGGAGAGAAGCAACAACUCCGAGGAGCAGGAGGACAAUGAAGACAGGUGGCCCUCACCGAUGGACCCACUUGAGGUCGACUCGGACAGAGACAGCCCGAAUAAGUCCUUUCUUAGGACGCCGCCUCCUUUGGGCGUGGGCGAGCAGACCGAUGAGGAGAAGAAGUACAUUCGGGAGAAAAUCCAACAAGCCAACCGGGAACUGAGGGAUCAGGAAGCUCCGAAUUUGAGCCGCAGGCGACGGCUUCAGUUUAAAGAGACACUAGUUACGUUGGUGGUGCCACCGUUGCAGUUUGAAUGUGACGCUGGAGAGGCAGAUGGCACGGAGAUGGAAGUGUCAGGGAAGCUGUCUGAGCUGAAAUUGUCUCCUCGAGAGGAGUAUACCGGUGGCAAAAGAGACCAAGGGCUGAAGGAGGGAAGGGUCCUUGUGGAAAAAGAUGGCAGGUUUGAUCUCAUCAGCCUCUUAGAGGUGGAAAACCAAGGCCUCCUCCCUCCGCUCGCACAGGAGCAACCGGGCAGCCCCAGGAGGAGCCCCACUUCCGUCCCCUCGUCUCGCUCCUCCGCCGGAGCGUCUUCUCUCUUCCAGAAGUCCGAUCACCUGCGGGCGCCCAGACCUCCGGGAAGGCCCGGCUCGGCCUGUCACAGCCAAAGAGGAGGCCAGAGGAGAGGCACCAAGCGGCGGGUGCAGUCGGCCACCGGGACGCCUUCGCAGGCCACGUUCAAGCUCUCGCCUCAGCAGAAGGAAAUGCUGCACAAGACCCAGGAGAGGAAGGAGAAGAUAGCCAGAGAGGCCGAGCAGAGGAAGCUCGAGGAAGAGGAGCAGAAGAAGCAGGAGAACGAGCUGGCUUUCAAGGCCUGGCUGGUGAGGAAGCGAGAGCAGCUGCAGCAGGAGAGGAGAAUCCGCAGAGCGCAGGAGAUGGAGAGGAUGACUCCUCGGGACUCCAGUGAGCCAGAGGAGGCCUUCAGGCUGUGGCUGCAGAGGAAGCAGGAGCAGCAGCAGCGAGAGAAGCAGCUGGUGCAGCUGAGGAGGUUGGAGGAGGACGGCGGUUAUCUUUUACGCAGCCGAGAGGAGUGCGAACGUGCCUUCAAGCUGUGGCUGACCCGGAAGCAGGUGGAGAAGCGGGAGGAGCAGCGGGCGGCUCGGGAGCGAGCGCGCAGGUUUGUGCUGGAGGAGCGGCGGGCACGGCGCAUGCGCGACCUGCUGUGCACGGCCAGUGACGCCAGGACGUUCAGAUUCACGGAUCAGCUGACCUGUCGCUUCUGAAACAUGUCAACCAGCACCCGUCAACUUUAUUUUGUUCAUCAUCCUUUUUCUAUAACACUUCAUCCUCAUUAGGCGUACAGGUCAACUGCAGCCAAUCCAAGCGGACUUGGGCGAGAGGCAUGGUACACCCUGGACCGGUUGCCAGCCAAUCAUAGCAUACAUUCACACUUAUAGAUAAUGUAGAGUCAUAAAUGAACCUAAUAUGCAUGUUGUUUGUUUAAAUGUGCCCUGCGAUUGGCUGGCAACCAGUUCAGGGUGUACCCCGCCUCCUGCCCGAUGAGAUAGGCUCCAGCACGCCCGCGACCCCAGUGAGGAGGAGUGGCUCAGAAAAUGGAUGGGUGGUUGUAGGUUGCAUUUAUUAUUCUCUUAUUGACACUGACAGAGCAAGACACGGGCUAUUUUGAUAUGUUCGGUAACAAGUUUUACUCUUGGACUGAGCUGGGAUAGGCUCCAGCACUCCCGCGACCUUUGUGGGGAUAAGCGGCUCAGAAAAUGGAUGGAUGGAUUGUCAGGGCUUAUUAGUCCAUGUCAGAGCGAGAACGCUGUUGAUUUUGAAUGCAAUCAAAAAGUAGCGCAUGUCCCUUCAAAACAUUUCCAGCAAGCUUCAAACCUUUAGGGACUACAGUGGUGGCCUAGACUGCAAUGCAAAGUGUAUUUUUUUUUUGGACAUCAUUUAAAAAAGGAAUAUCUUUAUAAUUACAUGUCCUAGGCAAGCUAAACGAAAGAAGCUCCACCCUGAAAAGUAAAAUGUAAAAUUAUGAUUAGUUACUUAGUUUAUACACAUCUUGUUAAACUUUGAGAUCAUUAGCGCAAAAAUUGAUGUAUUUUAGGGGUCACAAACAUUACACAAUGUUUCAAACUUCCAAAACUGAUCUGUCGGUUGAUGUCAGACAAAGAACUGUACAAAUCUUUGUACAAAUUUGAAAGAAUCUCUCUAACCAAGAUGCUGGAGGUAGCUGGUGUCAAAGGUCAACCAGGGGCUCCUCUGUUUACGACGAUAAUAAUUGUAUGCGUGGUUCCGAGGUUUUGAACAGCGCGCAAUGAACUAGUUUAGUUUCCACUGUUUUAUAUUGAAGUGUUUUUCAUUCAAAUAUUCACUGUAAUUAUGCCUUCUGUAAAACUGCGUUUAAGCAAUAAUUCAAUAUUCUUGAUAUCCACAGCGUAAGGUAAAUGUACUAAUACACACUUUGUUCUCAUUAGUAGGACAACUUUGGCAUACUAUUCGGUCAACAACAUGUUACUACUGAGGUAAAACUGUGCACUAGUUGACAACUAUGUGCUAUCACACGUUACCGUGCUUAAAGAAAUACCUACAUCUGUCGGCCAAUCAGAUGACAGUUUCGUCCCGGCCUUCCUCGGCCUGCGUUUGAGAACCAGGUCGGGCGAGCUUCUGAAAAGCGGUGCCAUUGUCAUCGCUCGGCCUCGAAAAAGUGUAAUGGAGAAGCGACCACACGGGGCGGAGCGAGGCUGGUUGGGGGUAAAACUGGUACAAUGGAAAAGGGGCAUAAAUGUUACUAGUGAGACAAAAAUGUGCUCUUGUUGACAUUUGUGUUAGUAAAGGGCUUGAUGUUACAGUAACUAGUAGAAUUGUAUGUCACCAGUAGUACAUACAGUAGUUUUCAACUCGUGCAUAGGUUUGCCUCUCUUGUAACAAUGUCCUACUAGUAUGCCAUAUUUACCAGUGAGGACAAAGUGUGAACUAGUAUAACUGGACCUUAAGCGGGAUAUCGAAUAAAUGGCAAAAAAAAAAAAGCUUUCCAUUUAUGCUUUCAGCAUUUUUAUUCUGUCCUUGAUAAGGAGGGUACUAGCGCACAGUAGUUUACUAGUAAGGUUUGAAUGCACACCAGUAGUCCAAAAGGGGCACGACUAGUGGAAUUUUUCAUUUUUGACUAAUAAGACAUUCUACGAGUGCCCUGAAUUGUCUUACCAGUUAGCACAAAUGUAGUUUUACAUUUUUGUUUGGAGCCAGAGCCAUGUCAUGCUAGAAAAUGUAUGUGUGUUUCUGUACUUUAGUAUUAAAAAAGAUUUUUUUCUUUAUAUAGGUAUUAGGUAAGAAAGAUUACUUGGCUUGUUACAGAAAGUUCAAAGGGCUUUUUUAAAUUUUUUUUUUUUUUUUAAAUGACUUCAGACUUUGUGCCCUGUGACUGACUGGCGACCAGUUCAGGGUGUAGUCCACCUUUCGCCCGAGGUCAGCUGGGAUAGGCUCCAGCGCCCCGCGACCCUAACCAGGAUGAGCGGCGUUGAAAACGGAUGGAUGGACUUCAGACUUCUUAGCUGUCUUCUUAAAGCACAUUCACCACAGUGACCUCAGCAUACGCGUGUAGAUUAUAGUUCAAUUUUAAACUUUAAAAUGCUGUGCAUCUUAAAGAGUAUCUUGAUAUGAUAUUUACCCAUGUAACAAUGACUAUACUGCAUAUACAUGUAUAAAAUAUA